AGUCGGAGUUUAAAUAGAAGACUGCAGUGGCAGUGUCAACACUAAAGCUCAGAGCAGCGUGGACUGACAGGAUUCUCAACCGGACUUAAAACUUUAAACCUCAGCCUGUCAACAUGAACAUCGAGCCUGUGGUCAUCGUGUCUGCUGCCCGGACACCAAUAGGGUCUUUCAACGGUACCCUGUCCACAGUGCCUGUGUAUGAACUCUGCUCAGUUGUGAUCAAAGACGUUCUGCAGCGGGCAGGGGUGAAGCCUGAGGAGGUCUCAGAGGUUAUCAUCGGACACGUCCUAACAGCAGGCAAUGGACAAAACCCUGCACGUCAGGCGAGUGUUGCUGCAGGAAUCCCAUACCCUGUUUCUGCCUGGAGCUGCCAAAUGGUGUGUGGCUCUGGUCUGAAGUCUAUCUGUCUGGGAGCUCAGUCCAUCCAGACCGGAGAGUCCACCGUAGUAGUGGCAGGGGGAAUGGAGAGCAUGAGUAGGGCUCCUCACACACUAAACAUGAGAGCAGGAGUGAAGAUGGGUGACGCCAACCUUCAGGACUCAAUGGUGGCCGAUGGGCUGACAGAUGCCUUUCAUGGCUACCACAUGGGCAUCACAGCUGAGAAUGUAGCCAAGCAGUGGAACAUCAGCAGAGAGGAGCAGGACAAAUUUGCCGUUCAGUCCCAGAAUAAAACAGAGGCGGCCCAGAAAGCUGGUCACUUUGAUCAGGAGAUCGUCCCCAUCAUGGUGCCAUCCAGAAAAGGUUCAGUGGAGGUUAGUGUGGACGAGUUUCCACGUCACGGCAGCAACAUGGAGAGCAUGUCUAAACUCAGACCCUGUUUCAUGAAGGACGGCAGUGGCACCGUCACUGCAGGAAACUCCUCAGGUGUAAAUGAUGGAGCAGCUGCAACAGUCUUGAUGAGCCAGUCAGAGGCACAGAGACGUGGCAUCAAACCAAUGGCAAAAAUUGUAUCUUGGGCCCAAGCUGGUCUUGAGCCAUCCAUCAUGGGAACUGGACCCAUUGCAGCCAUCAGGAAAGCGGCUGAGAAAGCAGGCUGGCAACUGGACCAGGUGGACUUAUUUGAAAUCAAUGAAGCAUUUGCAGCCCAGUCCAUUGCUGUUGUUAAAGAGCUUGGGCUGAAUGCAGACAAGGUGAAUGUGAACGGCGGUGCCAUUUCUCUUGGCCAUCCCAUUGGCAUGUCUGGCUGCAGGGUGCUGGUGACACUGCUGCACUCCCUCCAGAGGACGGGGGGAGUAAAAGGAGUGGUGUCACUGUGCAUUGGAGGAGGGAUGGGCAUCGCCAUGUGUGUUGAGAGAGUCUGAAAUGUCACCUUGUCAAAUGCACUCUUCUUUUUGUCAUUUAUCUCAAAGAAGGGAAGUGCGAGGAGGAGAUGUAACAUGGUUAUAGUUCACCAAACAUUUUAGAUUUAAAGGACAGCAUUACAGGAAGUAACUGUUUUCACUGUGAUCUUAUCCUGGUUUUCUCAGGUACUAGUAAGUUAAGUCUUGUUUUAGUCAACCAGUUAAUUUAGUACUAUUGAAUAGAGAUGAAUGUGACCCAAAACCCAAACACCACAAACAAAUAUUUCUUUUAACUUGUGGUGAAAUUCUUUGAAGACUUUCAUCUCUAUGCAGAAUACAACAUUCCUACUUUUUGAGCAGUCGUGCAGCAGCUUUGAAAUCAAGCUAAGUGCCAAACAUGUGGGUCAUGUGUCCUGUUCUAAGUUUUGUUCAAAUGUUUACUGUAAUCUCCAUGUUGAUCAGUAAAGAAUUAAAGCAA